AUGGCAGAAAACAGUCGUAAGAGAAAAGAACAUACGCGCACCAACGUACCGGUCCUUCGUGAAGGAUAUGUGGAGAAGCACUUUGCGGUAAAGGCAGGCCUCGCCGAAAGGCAGCUCGGCGGCGGACCUCUUGUUGCCGUGUUUGCCGUUGCUGACAGCCCCCAAGACCAAGGGCCACGACUACGCGUCCCGGUCCACCGGGUCCGAGAAGAGGGUCGCAGCAGCGUAAGCCGACCACCCUUGCUCACGGAUGCCAUUGUCGAGAAAUGA